UGCGGGCCACGGUGGCGGCCGUUGGGGGCAGAGGAGGGGGUGAGAGCAGCGCAGACCAAAGGCCGGACCAGGGAGCGGGUCGGGCGGCGACCCAAGUCCUGUGCUCCAGUCCCAGCUCGCCCCCGCGCCUGCAGCGGAGCCACCCGGUCAGCCCCGUCCCGGGACCCGCGCGGACGGGGCGGGGCGGCCGGGCCAGGGCUUCCAGGGCCGGUCCCCCAGCAGGCAGUUCCUGCGCUACGGUUCAAAAUAAAGGUGCUGAUAAAGAGAAUGUAAGACAAGAAAAUAAUUAAAUAUUUGACCGAGACUCUUCAACAGACCACGUUUAAGAGUUGUCUCGGACUCCCUCUUGCCAGUGGCUGGAGCACAAUGGAUCACACAGGGACACUAGACACCGAGGAUGAAUUGGGACCUUUAGCCCAUCUCGCUCCAAGUCCUCAAAGUGAAGCCGUUGCUCACGAAUUCCAGGAACUUUCCUUGCAGUCCAGUCAGUACUUGCCCCCUCUGAAUGAAAGGAAGAAUGUGCUCCAGCUGAGGCUGCAACAGAGGAGAACGAGAGAACAGCUAGUGGACCAGGGCAUCAUGCCACCUUUGAAGAGCCCAGCGGCAUUCCAUGAGCAAAUAAAAAGCUUGGAACGAGCCAGAACUGAAAACUUUUUGAAGCACAAGAUUCGGAGCCGACCAGAUCGUUCUGAACUUGUCAGGAUGCACAUUUUAGAAGAAACAUUUGCAGAGCCAUCCCUCCAGGCCACCCAGAUGAAGUUGAAAAGAGCUCGCCUAGCUGAUGAUCUGAAUGAAAAGAUUGCUCAGAGACCUGGUCCUAUGGAGCUGGUAGAGAAGAACAUCCUGCCUGUAGACUCCAGUGUUAAGGAAGCAAUUAUAGGCGUUGGGAAGGAGGACUAUCCCCAAACUCAGGGCGAUUUCUCAUUUGAUGAAGACAGCAGUGAUGCUUUGUCUCCAGACCAGCCAGCCAGCCAGGAGUCGCAGGGGUCAGCCGCGUCCCCCAGUGAGCCAAAAGUUAGUGAAUCACCAUCUCCUGCGACUACCAGCACUCCAACCCAGUUUACUUCAGUGUCCCCAGUAGUUCCUGAAUUCUUGAAAACUCCUGCUACUACAGAUCAGCCCCCAACAAGGUCCACAGCUCCUGUGCUCCCUAUAAACACUGUGUCCUCAACAAAGCCUGGGCCAGCACUGGUGAAGCAAAGCCAUCCUAAGAAUCCGAAUGACAAACACCGUAGCAAAAAAUGCAAAGACCCUAAACCACGGGUAAAGAAGCUGAAGUACCACCAGUACAUUCCACCAGACCAAAAAGGUGAGAAGAGCGAGCCGCAGCUGGACUCCAACUACGCCCGCCUGCUCCAGCAGCAGCAGCUGUUCCUGCAGCUACAGAUCCUGAGCCAACAGCAGCAACACUACAACUACCAGACCAUCCUGCCUGCACCACUCAAGCCUCUCAAUGACAAAAAUAACAACAGUGGGAAUUCAGCUUUGAAUAACACCAUACCUAACACAGCAAGACAGAAUAUGUCUGCUCCCAUGAGAAAGCCAGGACCUCUGCCGUCCAGCCUGGAUGACUUAAAGGUAUCAGAACUGAAGACAGAACUGAAGUUAAGGGGUCUUCCAGUGUCAGGCACCAAACCGAACCUUAUCGAACGCCUGAAACCAUACCAGGAAAUGAACAGCAAUGGCGUUGCUACUGAUGGCAUUGUGGCAGUGUCAACAUCUGCCAUCAUCACCAGUAACCCAGAAGUCACCAUGGCGUUGCCAGUUACCUCACUACAAAACUGUGUAACUAGCUCAGGCUCCACUUUCAAGGCAGAACUGCCAUCUACUGGAACCAGCAAUGCAGCCCAUGUGGAAACUGUUAACUCGCCUCUGCCGAUCUCACCGUCUCCUUCCGAACAGUCCAGUCUCAGCACCGAGGACACAAACAUGGCAGACACGUUCACUGAGAUUAUGACCAUGAUGUCUCCUUCACAGUUCUUGUGUUCAUCUCCUUUGAGAGUAACAGGUAAUGAAGACAGCCUAAGUCCCACCAGCAGCACUCUGUCCAAUCUGGAACUGGAUGCAGCUGAGAAGGAUCGCAAGCUUCAGGAGAAAGAGAAGCAGAUUGAAGAGCUAAAGAGGAAACUGGAACAAGAGCAGAAGCUCGUGGAAGUUUUGAAAAUGCAACUUGAGGUUGAAAAACGAGGGCAACAGCAGCAGCAGCAGCAGCAGCGACCACUGGAACCCCAGCCCGGUGCCCCAGCUAAUUCUAUCAGCCAGUUGGAGCAGAAGCAUGGCAGCGUCAGUUCCUCCAUCAAAGAUGAGACCUCACUCACUGACUGCUCCAGCCCCAGGCAGCCUGUCCCAGGAGCGAGCCAUUCUGUGGGCCAGCCUGUCUCUACAGGUGGCCAGACCCUUGUUGCCAAAAAGGCUGUGGUGAUCAAGCAAGAGGUGUCUGUGGCCCAGGCAGAGCAGCAGAGCAUCGUCCCACAGUUCUACGUGAGUUCCCAGGGACAGGCACCGCCUGCUGUUGUUGCCCAGCCUCAGGCUCUGCUGACCACACAGACUGCUCAGCUGCUGCUCCCAGUGUCCAUCCAGGGCUCCAGUGUCACCUCAGUGCAGCUCCCCGUAGGCAGCCUCAAACUCCAGACUCCACCACAAGCAGGAAUCCAGACUCAGCCUCAGAUAGCAGCCACCGCCUUGUCCUCAGGCUUGGUCCAGACUAUACCUCAGAAACCAGACACGUUCACACCACAUGUGCUCAGUCAGCCACAGCAAGUCAGAAAGGCUUUCACCAGCUCAGCAUCCAAUACAGUCCUUUCAUAUCAGAGACCACCCGCCCCAGCGGUCCAGCAGCCCUUCAUUAACAAGACACCCAGCAGUGUUCUCCAGUCCAGAAGUGCACCCCUCCCAUCCCUGCAAAACGGACCCAGCCCUCCCAGCAAGCCAAGUUCACCCCCUCCAACCCAGCAGUUUGUCGUCCAGCACUCUCUGUUUGGGAGCCCAGUCCCCAAGACAAAAGACCCUCCCCGCUAUGAGGAGGCCAUCAAGCAGACACGCAGCACCCAGUCCUCUCUUCCAGAGGUCUCCCACACGCACAGUCAGCAAAUGGACGACCUCUUCGACGUCCUCAUCAAGAGUGGAGAGAUUUCCCUCCCUAUAAAAGAAGAGCCUUCUCCCAUUUCCAAAAUGAGACCAGUGACAGCCAGCAUCACUACAAUGCCAGUCAACACAGUGGUGUCCCGGCCACCACCCCAGGUCCAAAUGGCACCACCGGUAUCCUUAGAACCUAUGAGCAGUUUAUCUGCCAGCUUAGAGAACCAACUAGAAGCUUUCUUGGAUGGGACUUUACCUUCAGCCAAUGACAUUGCUCCACUACAAAGCAGUGGUGAAGACAGAGAGCCCUUCUCUCUGAUCGAGGAUCUCCAGAAUGACCUGCUGAGUCACGCGGGCGUGCUGGACCAUUCACACUCACCCAUGGAGACUGCCGAGGCCCAGUUUGCCGCAAGCACUCCCUGUCUGUCACUUGACCUCUCUGACUCCAACUUGGACAACAUGGAGUGGUUAGACAUCACUAUGCCUAACGCGUCGUCGGGACUCACUCCCCUCAGCGCCACUGCCCCCAGCAUGUUCUCUGCUGACUUUUUGGAUCCACAAGACCUGCCGUUGCCAUGGGACUAACAUCACAGGCUUCUUGUCUCAGAGUUCAUGAGUUUUAAGAAGAUGAAGAUGAGUCAAAGGUCAGUUUUUAGAGACAGGUCCAUAGUUGCAUCAUUGCAAAUGGAUAGAUGGUCACAGCCUGGAAACCAAGUUUAAGAACAUUUCAUUGCAUCCAGCAGUGAAUGUCUGCAGUUUAAUACAGCACAGGGCCUUCUGAAAAAUCUCUAGUCAAAGAAGACUCAUCUGUUUCUUCAAAUGCCACUAAAGAAGGAAGAGUUCUUUAGAUAAAAACAGAGAGUAAUGUGCAGGAUAACGACAUGAGGCUUCUCUGGUAACCAACUACAUUUAAACCUCUGUGGUCACUUUCAGGCCCUUAAUAAAAAAGCAUGCAGCUCCACUCAGAAAAGAAUGCCGGUGUGAGGGAGGUGAGAGGUCACUGCACGUGUGUUUCUAGAAACAGCCCGCGCCCCGCCCAGGAUGCCGCAGGGAUCAAAGGCAGCGGACAGCACCAGCUGAAGACUUAGUUCCAUUCAGAACCAAUGUAAUUUUUUUUUUGCGUUGUAGUUUAUUUUGUGAUUUUUAGAAUCUUACUUUAGAUUUCCAAAUUUAAAUUUAAAUGGAAGUGUUUUCACCAUAACCUGACAAUGUAUACAAAAUACUGUCAUAAAUGAUCCCCUGUAAAAAGUCCAAGUCUACUGAUAACACUGAAAAUCCUGUUAGCAACCCUCUGCACUGAGUAGAUUGAUUUACUGUAUAAAUUAGACAUGUCUGUGUACACGCUACAUUGGGACUUGUACAGCCUACUUUGGGCUGAGAAAUUGGGUAUCCGGUGGCCCUACUUGUUUUAAUAACUCAAAUAUUUCUAGAGUACUUGAGCCAAUGUAUUUCUGUAUUUUAAGAACUAACUUUCAGGUAACCAGACCCAUCUCAAAGAACCAAGAAAAAGCUUUAAGUGUAAAAUAUCUUUCUGAGCUGGUGAGCUGCAAAGCGAAGGCAAGGUCUGUCGUUCCCAGGAAACUCCCACAACAGCUCCAGGCUAGCCUGUCGCCAGGUCAGCCUCUGAACUGCUGCUCCGGCCGCCUCUCCUCCCACUUAUCCUGGUCCUCACUUCACAGGCUUGGCACUGGGAGUUGUACCUGAGCUCUCACUACAUUGUCAAGCCGAAGACUGAAAAACUGGAGGUUUUAUUAGUUUUUUAUAGAGAGAGAAAGUUCACAUUUGUUGAGUAGUUUCUUAAGAAUUUUCUGAAAUGCCAAUUGUCACAGGAUUUCCAAAAUGAUUUUAGAAUAGUUGUUGAAAUACGUGACAUGUACAUAACUUAGAAAAAACACACACAAGUCUACCAAAAAGUAGGUUUUUAUUAAAUACUGUCAAGCUCUCCACUCCCCUGUGUAAGCCCGAGAGCCGGGUGACCUUUCUCCGGGUCACUGAGCAGGGACUGUCACCACGGUGGCACGCAGAGGCAGCCUGACCUGCUAUUUGAAAAGAAUUUGUGAAUCAUUUCUGGGUUUGUGUUUUGCCUAAGAGCUGAUCUUAUUUCAAAUUUUUAUUUCAGUUUGUAAAUUUCACUACGUGUAAGAAAAGUCCGUUUUUCCAGAAUUCAGUCGCCCAGAACACUGGAGCCCUCUGUUAACUGACACUUCCACCUUGAAAGCGCUUCUGAAGGGUUCCGGGCAGAGCCGGUGGUGCUCAGUGUGGUCUGUGGUGAGUAGAUGAAUCGUUCAGAAAUGGGUGACCCAGCGCGUGGCGUCCAGACGCUGCCAUGUGACCAAGCCCAGCGUGUGCAUCCUCAGUCAUUCACUUCCUCUCCGAAGGGCCUGUAGCCCAGGGCAGGGCUAGUGACUUAGGAAGGUAAUUUCUUAGGGCAGGUCUCAGCACUGGAUUUUUGUCUGCAACUAAUCUGGUCCAUACUUGGACUCUAGGCAUCACCUUUUUCAGAUUUAAGUGGCUUAUUAAAUUAGAACCAAGUAUCAGUGGGACUAUAGGAGGCAACUGAACAGCUAAUGCUAUUGACUGUCGUGAAUUAACUUUCUAUUUCCAUCUUUUCAAAUUGUGUACAUAGAUCAUUUCCUAGCCCUCGGGUCCCCUUAUCGUGUCUUUAAAUAGGGUUCGAAACAUGCCACUGGAAGGCUGCUCUCCAGAAACACACACUGCAGCGCAAAGAAUGCCAUCGCAUCAGCCUGCUCACUUUUCAUUAUGUUGCUAAUGUGUCCACCUUACAUAUGUGUUCAAACCUUUCUGUACCAGCAUCUCCUUUACAAGGAAGGAAGGCAAGGAGUCUCGAGUUAGGAAGUCUUCCAGCUGCCGAUUCCCACCAUUCCGCUGGGCCCUCCUGGCCUGGCCUGAGCAGCAAGCUGGGCAUCUGUGCUGCUCUCCAGGGUCCCAGCUACACGUUCCAGGUAUUCCAGGUUAGAGUGAGGACACAGACCAUGGGCAACGUGUGAUGUGACCAAAGAUGACACUCUGUAACCAAGGCUCCUCUGACCUAACUCAGUGUACUUAAAGGUAAAUGCAAUGGGAAAGGUGUGUGUUUACUAGAGAGGACGGUUUUUACUGUUUGAGGUGAGUUUCACAGCUGUGAAAGCCCAGGUCAGAACAGCCGGCUGGGUUUUCAGUGCACAUGUGUGUAGUUUAGAGGCGGCAGUGCUAUGUAUCAUCUUGCAGAAGAUCCUACUGCCAAGAAAACAAUUCCUAGAAAACAUAUUAUCUCACAUGCAGUCUCAUUUCCCUAAAUAUUCCUGAAACACAGUAGUAUCGAGCUUACCUUUCUAGUGCACAUAGGUAUCAGGUCAUGUUGUUGGGGGUGGGAGGCACACAGUUACACCAAAGCUUCUACAUAGUCUUUGGAAGUCUAAGGGUAUGUGGUCAUCUUGUACAUUUCAGCAAAGCAUGUACUAGACAACCUUGGGGACAGUGUUAGUGGUUCAUGUUCUAGUGUUUUUCCUGAAAUGUGCAAUCUACUGUAUAGUAUUCGCCACAUAUUUGUACAUAGGUGUAUUCUGAAUUCAUGGAAUUUCUUGUUUAGACACUAUUUGUGUUUGUUUUAUAUGAAUAUUUUUAUAAUACUAAAGAGAUCUUAUUUAAAUUUCCUUUUUAAAAACUGCACAGUUCUGUGACCUGAGUAACUGACACUCCUGCCAGGGUAGUUUAAGAGCGGGGCAGAGGCGGUUUGGUGCCGCCUCCGAACUGCCGCCUGCUGUGGGCAGGGUGGCGGUCACAGGAUAGGGCCCCUGAGCUGUGCAGUCAGCAGACACUGAGAGCCAUAUCAGGAGCACUACUCAUUUUGUCACCAAAGCUGACUCAGGCUUCCCUUACCCUCGACCCCAGAUCAUUCCAGGCCACAUAGCUUUCUUCAGAGUCCUUGAAGAACUACCAGGCUGAAUCUAGCCACACAGCUGAUUAAGCAGCUGUCCCGUGCACACCACACGCUGUCCCCGUGGGCCACCUGGUGCAGGCGUCUACCAGCAGAGCAGCACAGUCCCCUUUACCCCCACUCACAAAUAACCCUCCGUUUUGCCGUCCAUCGCUGCAAACGUGAGUCCUGGCUAUGGGCAACGGAGCGGAAUAACAGACUGUCCAUGGCCCUGGCACCACAAAAUGAGCCCAAAAUAUCAAAAACCAUCAACUGGAAGAUCAGGUUUAUCAAGGGACACAGCUUACAAGUGCAGGCAUGUGUUUGGAGAGCAUCCUCACUGCAUUUCAGUUCAUCUUUUAAGUGGCUUCCGUCAAAACUGGAAAAUAAUUCAGAUACAGUAAUUCCUUGUCAGACUUUCAAUACCUUGCUCAGUGACCUUUCCAGGCUGCGUUCUGAUGUGAAGUGACUGUCUGCAUGGCAGUGUGUGUCUUCCCCUGCUCACCCCUUUUUUCAGUGUUUGAGGGAAACGCAUCGUUGCAAAGGGUUUCUACCGGAAAUCUCAUCUAAGGCCUAUAAUGCAAAAAGCUGCACAUGUUUACAAAAGCACUCUGACCUUCCACACAAACACAUUGCUCUGUGAAUCGUUAUUGAAAAAAUACCACAAUCUUGUGACAACAGGAUGGCAAUCUCAGAUCUACAAGGUGCUGUCUGGAAUCAGAUCAAACAUGUCAUUGGUGACAGUGACACCGCUGUCAUGUGUAACAGAGCUUUGUGCCAACUGCUCAGACAAAGCUUUCACCAAGUUCGUAGGAUCACUGAGGCUCAUAGCGAUUACCUCUCUACAUUGUGCUGUAAGAACACUUGCUGAUUUGGUAGGAGGAAGAAGCAUUUAGGAAAGGGUUUAGUAUCUACCAAAAGUACUUAACCUCAAGUAACCAGUAGUAAUGCAAACUUGCUUUAAAGGAACCAAAGGCAUUGCCAAGUAUUUGCCAAAAAGAGGCACUUUUUAUUUAAAAUUUGAGACUAAUGAGAUCUCAAAAAUCAGUCCCAAAAAGGUAUUAUCCAUUUAAAGUUAUAAUUUUCACAAAGGUGUAGAUAUUUCUGUAUUGUUUUCAUGUAAAAUAGUAUAGAUUUGUUGGUUUAGGAAUAGUACGCAUUUAGUAGUAGUACAAAGUUUUUUCCUUUCUACAUACAAAUUAGUUUUCUUGCUUGCAAUAGAAGUGCAACAUGAUAGGUGUUUCUCUUCUUAUUUUCAUUGUCACGUUAUGUCUUAGCAUCUCACUUUAUGAAAAAAAGGAGAAAGAUACCAAUCUACAGAGCCCUGCUUAUUCAAGCACUCGUUUAAGAAACAAAAAAAUUAUGGCAAUCGGGGGUCCAUUCAUGUAUUGCCUUUAUGUUGUUUUUUAAAAGGAAAACCGUGAUGCCUUUGUAUUUGCUGUUUGCACCCCUGAAAUCAAUUCCAUAUCAUGUUUGAAUGCCAUACGUUUUGCACAUGUACUGUACAUAGGUAAUGCAUACUGUAUUUUUAUAUGUGUGCACAUUUAUCAUCAGAUCUUUUGUACAUAGUGGCAGUAUUGUAGCGGACCGGAAAAUGUUUGAUAUCUCAGCAAUUUUGCAUUUUUGUGUCUCAAAUAAAAGGCAUUUUGAUGUA